AUGUUUGCCAAUGGGGCGAAGACAGACUAUUAUUCUAAUAACCCACUGUAUGAGUGUCUUGUGUGUUCGAGACAAGUGUCGUCGAACCGCUAUGCAACGCACUUGGAAAAGUGUAUGGGCGCAGGAAAUAAAUCCACGCGCAAGGGAUCGACGCGCAACGCCAAGACGGCAUCGACAGCUGUAACACAACGCAUUCUCAAUACCAAUUCUCGCUCGGCAUCACCAUCAACAUCUUCACCCACGGCAGCUCCAAGAAAGCAGGGUUCUUCAUCACCUGCGCCACAAAUGCCGGCAGCCGCUAGCAAAGAAAAGCAGUCGAUCAAGAGCGAAAAGCCCUCAACACCGUUGUCGAAACAAGUGGAUCUUCCACAUACAUCUGUGCUGGGAUCGCAGUCAUCGCAUCUGAGCAAGGGGGCAGCAGAUGCAUCAUAUCCUAUCAAAUCGAGCGGAUCUACACCACAAGCCGACUCGGCAUCUGCGGCAGGACAUGCAGACGAUGAAGAACUAUUUGAUGAUGCGGACUUUGCAUCAGGAUUUUCGGUGUCGGUGCGUUGCACAGUCUUUCGUCGGGUAUAUACUAACUAUGUGGGGGGGAAGUCGGAGUCAGAAGAAUCAGGGGCACACGGAUCCGAUGUCGAUGAGGGAGAAACCAAAGCGAUGGACGAGGUCGUGGAUGACAUCGAAUUUGAUCUGGAUGAAGAUGACGGUAGUGAUAACGCUGUGGACCUCGAUGUGAAUGGCAUGGACUCGGAGGACGACGCGCUAGAUGCAUGA